AGAUUGCCACCAAUCUCAAACUGGCCUCGUGCGCACGGCAGGGUGGUGGCUACGUGUUGCCAUGGGUUAUGGGGACCGGUCGGGGGGGGACGGCCGCAGAGGACGAGGAUGAGGACGGAGAUGUGGAGCCUGAGGUGUGGGGAGCGCGACCUGCUGGCAGUGUUCCAGAGGUGGAGAUCGAGCGGCAGAUUGUCGCUUUCCAGCAUAGCCAACCGUCCAGAGCCCAUUCGGUUCGGGACGUGUUCGGCAUCAGGGCGACGGAGCUGCGAUCGUGGCCAGAGGGUGGGGAUGAUGUGGACGCUGCUGCGGCAGACGACGACAUCGACGACGAUGACACGCCAUUGAGUAGCGACCCGACGGUUGAGUGGGUGUACUUCACUUACGGUGGGGGUCGUGAUGACAUGGACUCAUUCACAUCAGUUAUCACUGGUGGUGCGCCGUCAACCGCACAGGCGAGUGGCAGCAGCAGAGCCGGUGGUGGUCGUGGAGGACGUUCGGAUGCAGAGGUUGGCGUCGACGACUCGGGGGUGCAGCAGCCACGGGGAGGUCUUCGGCAGACAGGCAGGCGUUGGGAGGUUAGGAGCGACAGCGAGGCCGAGGGGGAGGCCGAGGAUGAGGAGGUGCCCCUUCGUGAUCGUUGCUUUUCUCCCUCCCAUCAUCCGAUCUCUGCACAUCCCGAGGCACUUAGGUGUUCGGAGAGGUUGGCGUUGGCAGCAGGCAGAGACGGGACACAUGAUGACGAGGAUCGUGGGGGGGAGAGGACUCCUUCCGAUGUUGGUAUCCGCCCCCGCUCGCCGUCGGUGCUCCGCACAGACGACUUUGACGUCGUAGGGCUUGGUGGGAGCUUGGGAGAUUUCAGUGUCGAGGGACGUCGACGUGCUUCACCGUCGGAGGUGCGCACCGACGCGGACGUUGUGCGGGGCCCUGUUGAGACUGAGGAGGAGAGGGAUGCCCGUUUGGACCGAGAGGAGGAGGAGCGGCUGGGGAGUUUGCCACGAUGGGAGGGUCGGUUCGCGUAUCUUGACGAGCAGCGUCAGCAGAGGGAGAUGGAGACAGGAGGGGGGGGAGGCCGUGACAUCGACGACUCGGGUGUCCUUGAGGAGGCAGUUCAGGGGGAGUUCGGUGAUGAGGGACAGGAUGCCGCCGCGGGUGGCGACAGUGAGACCGCGGGUGAUGACGGACAGGGUGCCGCCGUGUGUAGCAGAGGAGAGGGUGGACCCGGUGGAGAUGGGGAUAUGGCGGGUGUCGGUGGAGACGAUGGACCGGACGGAGAUGAUGACGACGACCACAGUCCCGAGGACGAUGCGUAUAGGCUUGCCUUGGUGUUGAGGUACCCCACAAUACCUCCCUUGCGCCCUGACGACACAGCGCACACUUUCUAUGAUGUCGACGCUUUGGCGCAAGCGUUGACGGAUGACCCUUUCGCACACGUGAGCCGCAAGAGCGGCAAGAGGCGGGCCCUUGUGAGGGUAUAUUCACCGCCGCCGUUCGAGGUGCAGAGCCCUCACUGGUCGGGUUCGUUGCUCAGCAGUGUGAGAGGGAAGGAGUCCGGAGCGGCUGAGGUGGGGUCCGGCAGACGCAGCGACGGCGGCAGAGAUAGUGCAGGAUCAAUGCCUCCACCGCCCGCACGGACUCCGGAGGCCAGGGUCGACACAGGGGACCGGACGGCGGCACCCGGAGUUGCGCACAGUGGCGGUUCCCUGCCGACAGUCCGAGGUGGUGUGGGUGGCGGAUGGUCAGCUGUUCGUCGGGUCGGGGACCGGUUGCGGGCGGAUUACGACGCGGGGAGGGGCGUCUUCACGGGACGUACGCCAGUUCAGACGCAGGCUGCGGAGGGUGGGUCCGGACGUCCGAGCCUGCAGAUGGCAGGCCGCAUGCUCGGUUGGUCAGGAGCGGAGACGAGGAGAGUAUUGGUCAUCUAGGCUGCAGGGACAUCUAGGACAUGCUGCAGGGAGAGCAGUUCACAUCGAGCGAGGAGGGGUUGUUGAUGCGUCCCGGGACAA